UUUCUCCGUAGGGCCUGCUAGGGGGUCAAUCAAAUUGUUGGGGUUCGGAGAUGGCUACGCAAGAUGGUUUAUGAUAACCAAAUGGUGCGCGUAAUAAACAAUUGAAGAAGAUCAAAAGCGGGGUGCGUCGUUUCGGCAGGUAUGCUCGUGUUAAUCGAGCGGUCACUUCGGAUCGGCGAAGGAAAAGCCUUUCACUCGAAACAUCAUCCUACGCGAUAGGGAAACUUUACGUCACAAAUUUGGUCGCGAAUGGCAGUAUAGUGUUGUGACGAGGUUAUAAACUUGAAAUUUAGGACGAUACGCGGCUACGUGCAACGACGGGUAUUACGUCUCUGUGAUACUUGACGGAAUUACGAUAUAGCGCGAGCGAUUCGUCGUGUCGCGACGCACGAGACACCCUUUGUGAUUUUGUUAAAUUCCAGAAUCCAUCGCGAGUGCGGUGUCUCACCUCGACGCACUAUUUUUACCUGCGCUUUUUUAUUUACGCGCAUUUCUCUUGUUGCGCGUUUUCGCCGAAUAUUUUAGCUAUCUUUGUAGCAGUUACGUAAUUUCUAACGUGAAUGAUCCCGGUACGAUGACCGAGAGUGAAAUGAAUGAAGACUGUUUCGUGUACGCACGUACUCUAGCACGCUGAUAUAUAUCGAAAUUUUAAUCAGUGCAUAACAAUGUGGUAUAAGGAGGUAACGAAUGCUAGUAAGAACAAUGGAAAUAUCCUCUAUAGAUUGUGGUAAGGAACAAUCUUAUCAGCAAAGAGACAUGUCAGAUUCGUCACAAUAUCUUUACGGCCACCUUCCUCCUGAUAUUAUGCCAAAGGGACUUCCAAAUAAUGGCAUAGGAGGAAGAUUACGCCAACUCGAAGGCCUGUUCAUCGGUGGCCCUGGCCAAGGUGGACGAGUAGGCCAUACGAUUUCCAUCGAGACUCUUAUCGAUGUUUUGCUCGUGCUGUACGACGAAUGCUGCAAUUCCUCGUUACGCCGUGAAAAGACUGUUUCCGACUUUAUCGAGUUUGUAAAACCGAUAGCCUCAUGCAUAAAGAGCUUGCAAUUGACACGAGAGGACUUCGAAAUUGUUAAAGUCAUCGGUAGAGGUGCUUUCGGGGAAGUAUGCGUCGUAAGAAUGCGCGGCUCGGACAAGGUGUUCGCCAUGAAGAUCUUGAAUAAGUGGGAGAUGUUAAAGCGUGCUGAAACCGCGUGUUUCAGGGAAGAAAGGGAUGUAUUAGUAUAUGGUGAUCGCAGAUGGAUCACGAACCUGCAUUAUGCCUUUCAAGAUGACAAUAACUUGUAUUUGGUCAUGGAUUACUAUUGCGGCGGAGAUUUAUUAACGUUAUUGAGCAAAUUUGAGGACCGUCUCCCCGAAGAUAUGGCGCGAUUCUACAUAGCGGAAAUGGUGCUAGCUAUAGGUUCUAUACAUGACUUGCGCUAUGUGCAUCGUGACAUUAAACCCGAUAACGUUCUGUUAGACGCAAAUGGUCAUAUCAGACUGGCUGACUUCGGCUCUUGCUUACGAUUGUUCGAGGACGGAACGGUGCAAAGUAAUGUCGCGGUCGGUACCCCGGACUACAUUUCACCGGAGAUAUUGAGGGCGAUGGAGGACGGUCAGGGACAAUAUGGUCCGGAAUGUGACUGGUGGUCCCUCGGAGUGUGUAUGUACGAAAUGCUGUACGGCGAAACACCUUUCUACGCAGAAUCUCUAGUCGAAACUUAUGGAAAGAUCAUGAAUCACAAGAAUUGUUUUGACUUCCCUACGGACGAUAUGUACGAUGUUUCUGAAGAAGCCAAAGAUCUGAUGAGAAAGCUGAUUUGCAGUUCUGAAUUUAGACUAGGCCAAAAUGGAAUCGACGACUUCAAGAAACAUCCUUGGUUCGACGGAGUUAAUUGGGAUACUUUGAGAGACAGCACCGCGCCGUACAUUCCUGAUGUUUCAUCGCCCAGUGAUACGUCGAAUUUCGACGUAGACGAUACCGACGUUCGCACUUCCGACGCCGUUCCGCCAGCCGCAAAUUCUGCCUUUUCCGCGCUUCACCUGCCGUUUGUCGGUUUUAGUUUUACACAGGGAAGUUGCAUAUCGGAUCUGGGUUGUAUCUCCGCCCUAUCUCAGAAAGACAAACACGUGCAAAUACUCGAGGAAGAGAAUGCCCGACUGAUACAAACUAUCGAUGAUAUGAAAAAUUCGGGUAUGGCUCAUUCUUCGCCCGACAUUUCUCCCGACUCCAAUAAUGCGACUAGAAAGCUCCGAGACGAAAUAAAUACACUUACGAAACGCAACUGCGAGUUGGAGUCGCAAUUAAAAUCUAUGGAAGUUCCACGCGAACUACGGACAUUAGAUAACGGCGACAUGACAAAGUUUCGCGAAUUAGAGAAAUUAGUUCGAUGUCUACGCUUAGAGAAAGAGGAGGCUGUUAAGGACAAAUUAGAUGCGCAGGAGAAACUGAAACUUCAAGAUAAAGAAUUAAAGGACGCGCUCACACAGCGUAAACUCGCGAUGGCGGAAUACACGGAGGUGACGGAUAAGUUAUCCGAGUUGAGACAACAAAAGCAAAAAUUAUCGCGACAGGUUCGAGAUAAGGAAGAGGAAUUAGAGGUUGUAAUGCAAAAAGUCGACAGUUUACGCCACGACAUCCGAAAAGCCGAAAAGCUGCGUAGAGAGCUGGAAAAUAGAGUCGACGAAGCGAUGGCCGAGACCAGCAAGGAGAGGAAAUUACGAGAACGCAGUGAGGAAUAUUGCAAACAGAUGCAAGAGGAAACGGAGAAAAUCAGACAACGUUCUCUCGGGAACGAUGCCAGCGCAAAUCAUGCCUUGGCGACGCAAGAGAUCAAUAGGUUAAAGGCGGAGGUUGAGAAACUCGAGGUACAAUAUAACGAAAAUUUGACCCAGCAACAGAGCAGGUUUAAUCUUGACAUUCGAAGCCUGCAAGAACAACUGCACGAAGCGGAAACCAGAAGAGAAUUACUGGAGAGAGAGGUGCAACUCACGAAGGAGAAGCUAGAUGCUGCGAGACUAGAAAAUAUUACCGAUAGUGAGGAAACGAUCAACGAGUUGAACAGACGUCACGAGAGAGAGAAGAUCAUGCUGGUCGAAGAGAAUAAGAAGCUCAUGUUGGAGCUUGGUGCUCUUACCGAUAGUGUUAAUAGACUGCAAGGUGAACGAAGACAAUUGGAAGAUGAAUACGAGGAACUGAGGAAUAAGAAAGAAGCUAUCGCGCAGUGGGAAGCUCAGAUCACCGAGAUUAUUCAGUGGGUGUCGGAUGAGAAAGAUGCUCGUGGAUACCUGCAGGCCUUAGCUACAAAGAUGACGGAAGAACUGGAGUUCUUGAAGCAUUCUGGUGGAGUAGGUGGUGUCGGAAGUGGAACCACCAUGGCGGACAAAAAUUGGCGAAAUCGUCGGUCGCAGAAGCUCGACAAGAUGGAGCUUUUGAACUUGCAGAGUUCCCUACAGAGCGAAAUACAAGCGAAACAAGCGAUUUCAGAGGAACUUACCAAGACUCGCUCGGACUUGAUAGCCUCGCAAAAGGAACUGAGAGAUUUCAAGCAGCGGCUAGACACCAUGUCGCAUGAGCUGAAGCGGAAAGAUAUGCAAGUAAAAGAAUUGCAAGCGCGUCUUGAUACCGGGGAUGGCUCUGUCUCAUCCAGCAACACAUCAAGCAAAUCUCCAAACAUCGUUAGCACCAAACCCCAACGUAUCAUCGUACAUCAGCCGUCGUCACCCCUACCAGUAAUGCGUGCCCCCCGCAUCACGACUUGUCGCUUAUUAACUAGAUUCGUUCCAGUCAACACAUUCAUCAGUCAGAAUGCCGUCGCCAUCGUAUCGCCGCCCGUUUUAGAACGUCCUACAUCGCAGAUGUCGUAUCUCGAACACUUUCUCAAAGAAACAACAAGUAGUACGCGUCAUGGAAGUGUCGACAGUGUAGAAGGUGACAUCGAAGACAAUCGUGCACCUAGUAUUACGAGCAGCAAAAGUAAUUUGUCCGAGCUUAGUAUUGAUCCAACAUCGCCAUUAUCCCAUGAACUUCUAAACAAGUCUUCAUCUUCUCACGGUCAAGCUAAUCUGCAACCAAAGCCAAAGUCGCAUCAGUUUCUCGUACGAACAUUUUCAGCGCCCACCAAGUGUAAUCAUUGUACGUCCUUAAUGGUUGGAUUAACGAGGCAAGGAGUUGUGUGCGAAGUGUGCGGCUUCGCGUGCCAUAUGCCUUGUUGCGAUAAAGUACCGCCGAUGUGUCCCGUACCUCACGAUCAAACCAAGCGACCAUUGGGGAUCGAUCCUACGCGUGGGAUAGGUACUGCGUACGAAGGAUACGUGAAAGUGCCAAAAAUGGGUGGUGUCAAGAAGGGUUGGGUGCGCCAAUUCGUCGUAGUUUGCGAUUUCAAGUUAUUUCUCUACGAUAUUUCACCGGAUCGCAAUGCUUUGCCGUCUGUAUACGUUUCGCAAGUCCUAGAUAUGCGGGACGAAGAAUUCAGCGUUAGCUCUGUUCGUGAUUCUGAUGUAAUACACGCUACAAAGAAGGACAUUCCGUGUAUAUUUAGGAUAACGACAUCGCUAUUAGAGCCUCCUGGAUUGAGAAAUCAUACGCUGAUGUUGGCAGAUACAGAGAGCGAGAAGACAAAAUGGGUAGUAGCUUUAAGUGAGCUUCAUAGGAUCUUAAAGAGAAAUAAUCUUCCAAACACAACGAUUUUUAGAGCGAAGGAAUUAUUGGACAAUACCUUGGCAUUCAUUAAAAAUGUAAUGUCAGGAGCGAUUAUUGAUCCGGAUCGUCUAGUCAUUGGUACAGAGGAAGGUCUCUUCUGUUUAGAUUUAGACCGUAGUGAAAUUGCAAGAGUUGGGGAAGGAAAGAAGAUAUAUCUUCUCGAAUACGUUACUGAAGAACAACUAAUCGUGGUAUUGAGCGGAAAACAACGCCAUGUACGACUGGUUCCAGUACGUGCCUUGGAUGGAGAUGAAGUCGAAUGGAUUAAGGUCGCAGAAACUAAAGGAUGUAUCACAUUAACAACGGGAAUAGUGCGCCGUAAUCCGCUUACUUAUUGCUUAUGCGUUGCAAUAAAGAAACAAAAUGCGUCGCAAGUCAUUAUUUACGAAAUAACACGCACGAAAACGAGACAUAAGCGUAUACGCGAGUUAAUGUUACCGUGUCUCGCGCAAACCUUGCAAGUUCUCUCUGAGGGACGCUUGUGCGUCGGUUACCCGUCUGGUUUUUCGAUUUACAGUAUCUUAGGAGAUCAUCAUCCUAUUUCUUUGGUCCAUGCUGAGAAUACUCUCUUAGGAUUUCUCACCUACAGCGCCAUAGAUGCGUUACGUUGCAUUGAGUUAGCGCGCGGUGAGUUUUUAUUAGUCUUCCAUACGCUAGCGGUAUAUGUCGACAGUCAAGGGAGGAAGAAUCGAGACCGAGAGAUUAUGUAUCCUGCAGUUCCUACAGCUGUUAGCUAUUGCGAAGGAUAUUUAUUAGUGUAUAGCGAGACUCAUAUCGACGUGUUUGACUGUACAUCUGGCGACUGGUUGCAAACUCUCAACGUGAAACGCGCCCGACCGCUAAACAUCUCGGGCUCUCUUACAUCUUGUGUGAUAAAUGAUAUGCCACAUGUCAUUUAUCUGAGCAAUUUACAUCAGCGAGAACUAUUAAAUCUGACACCACUGGAUGCAAGCGGUAGGCAAAUGACAAGGCCACGACGUAGGUUCUCUUUGAGAGAGGGCAAUCGAGCCGUUCGCCCUACGGACAGACGUUCAAAGAUGAUUUCUGCACCGACAAAUUUCAAUCAUAUCAGCCAUAUGGGUCCAGGCAACGGGAUACAGAUACAACGUUUAUUAGACCUACCAACAACAUUAGAAACUGCUGAUCAACAACAUACAACCGGUCAUCAUAGUAGUUCUCAUCUUCACAGUAGUCAACAGAGACUAUAUGACUCUACGCUUCAAACACCGAGCAAACCGGCACCGCUGCCUCCUAGGCAUCCCCCUUCCGAUACACGUCGCUUGAGUUCGCAUAUGUCAAGAAACUCCGGAUACUCGCCGCAUAAUGGUUCAACAACAUCACGAAGAGGCCCUGCACCACCACGACCAACCGCCACACCACCGUCCUUACCGCGCACUCCAGUGGACCAAAUUGACUCCGAAUCGGUACAUUUGCGUUCACAUACACCCCUCUCUCUCGGCAGUAUCGCAUCUUUGCAUAAUAAGGAACAUCCAUCUGGUGGGAGCCCCAGACACUCGAUAGCUUCGAACAACAGUUCAAACCCAUCGACACCACCGAGUCCCGCCCACGAUCAUGGAUCAUCGUCGUAUGAUUCAUAAAUUUAUUUAACGCUUAUGGAGACCUAGUUAGACGCAUAUUUCGCAAGAAUUUUCGGCAUAUGUUUUCUCGCUUCUGAUGUUACCAAACAACAGUUCUGCGACGAGGAGAAGCCAGGUGGAGCCUUAAACGAGGAAACCUGCACGGAUACGCGAAAUUGAUAAGUGUUGACUGACGUACAAGCGUACAUCGAUCGAGAGAGGCGCAGCAUAUACGAGAAACGUCGCGACGCUCAAUUACGAGCAUACGAUUACGUACUUUGAGCACUCUCUCACACACACGUUAUAAAUAACAGUUAUUACAAUGGCUACAGACCUAAAAUAGCCUUAUUCUAAAUGGACAGGAGAAAUGUCAAUACUAAAGAGACGAUCGGUAUUGAUACGUCAUAGAGAAAGGAGAAAAAAAAACCGUAUAUACGCACUGUUGUCCGUACUGAAGUAAAAAUGGAAGUGAAUUUUAGAGAGUGAAGAACUUGCAAUCGAGAUAUACAUGAUAACGAGAGCGUAUCGCUGUACUUACACUUGAAUAGAAUCCAAUGAUCCGCCUAUCUUCCGUUAUUGUUACUUAAGGGUUUUUAAGAUGAGAGAUAUUGACUGUUCAUAAUUUUGUUGUCUCGUCAUUUUGUCAAGUCUGGCGAUCGGUGCAUCGAAAGGACACACGAAAGGAAUUGUCAUUCCUGUAUAUAGCAUUGAUUUCAUAUCUUUGUAAAUAACUCGAGAUUUCGGUCUACUUCUCUCUCUGUCUCUCUCAAGUCCGUUCAGGACACACAAUAUUCCCUCAGCGAUCACAAUUGAUUUUACGAGAGCCUACCAAUUAUUAUUAUUUAUAUAUUGGCCAUACUGGUCUACGGGGCUACUGAGAAGAAGAAGAAAAAGAAGAAGCAGAAGAUGAAAAAAGGGAUAUUAUCCGGUUUUGUCGUUUUAUAUGUAUAGAAAAUGACGAUAUCAUUAUACAUACAUUAUUUUUACCGAGUAAUCGAAAUGUACGGCAUUCUGCGCGACAAUAGAUUAUGUAUUAUGUAUACAGAUUGUACGAAUGACUAGCAUUUUUUACAUAAGCGGGUAGUUAUCUUUUUAACCCUGUAUAACCCAGCAUAAUUUCCAAGUGACGAUCUUCAGGGCCAGGGAAUUGUCAGGUUGCUCCAGCAGAUACCGGUUGAUCGACUCUUUUCACGGUGAUUUUAUCCAAAAGUAAUAUCGUAGGGGAAAACGGCGUCAAUUACUUGUCGUAUAUAUGGAACAAGAACUACGAAAUUCUAUAAUAAUAAUAAUAAUAAUUGGGUUAUAGAGGGUCGAAGAAACAGCGUUUUAGGUACUCUAUUGUUAAUCUGUAUCAACAUACGAACAAUACGAUUAUAUUAUUCGUCACUUCGCAAGCAAUUAGACUUAGCGCCUUCUCUCUCUCUUCAUGUUAUUUAUAACAUACGCAUUGUUUGCAAUAUUUAUUAAAGAACAUAUAGCAAAAUAUUAUUUGCGCCUUG